GCACCACAAUCGACAUGUCCAUCGCCGCCGCAACUCCAUCACGCGCCGCCGGGAUUUCUUCUCUGCAUACUGAUAUACUAGAAUCCCACAUCCUGACUCGGCUUGAUGGACAAACGUUAGCCUCCGCCGGCUGCGCCUCCGCCACGAUACACUCCCUGUCUGGAAAAAACCAUCAUCUCUGGUCCGACGUCUGCCACUCUACAUGGCCGUCAACCUCCGGCGAGUUCGUGAACGGAAUCAUUUCUACUUUCUCCGACGACACCAAUGGACCUCGAGAGUUUUUCUCUCAGUCGUUCCCUUUACCUUCGCCCGACCCUACAAACGUUGACCGUGACCGUCCGUCGUCGUCGUCAAUGUCAUCGCCGCCAUCUGCUUUGAUCUCAGCUGUCGAUGUUUACCACCGGAAUAAACUAAUCUUCACGAAAACCGAAGAAACCGAAACCGUUACCGGUUGGUUCCGGUGCUCUCCGUUCAGAAUCGACCUGCUAGACCCGAAAGACAUGGUUCCGACCCAAAUUCCACACCCGGAGGGGAAAGAUACAUGCACGGCUCUGAUCGACGACAUGACACUAAGCUGGAUACUCAUCGACCCGAUUAACAAACGGGCCGUGAAUCUCUCCUCCCACAAGCCGGUCUCCGUUCAACGCCACUGGUUAUCCCGCGAAGUUCAAGUCCGUUUCGUAUCCAUCCUCCGGGGCCGGAGGAGGGGCGGGGGCGGCGACGCUGGGGUGGUGGUGCAGUGUGGGAUAGUGGUGAACUGCGGGCGGUCGGAGGACGGGGAGAUGCAGGUGCGGGAAGUGACAAUGGAGGUGGAGGAUAUGGAUGGAAAACAUUUGAAUGGGAGGGAUAGUUUGGUAAUUUUCCAAAGGGCAAUGGAGGCUAAAAGGGGAAAUGGGGUAAAAAGAGAGGAGGAAGCAAGGAGGAGAUAUAGGAGGUAUGAAGAAAUGAAGAGAGAGAGAAGAGAGAGGAAGUUGAGGAUAGAAGGGACAUUAGACACUUUGUCUGUGGCUUUUGGGUUAUCCAUUUUUGCUGCUUUAUUUUUUAUUUUCUGUUAA